AUGGCCUCUUCGGCAGCCGGAACAAUCAGUACAAAAAUAUCCCAGUAUACACUGGAACGUGCCAACCGUACCCGGUUACUUAUUGAGAACUGCUACGCCCAAGCUCUAGCUCAAUGCCAUGAACGAGAGAAAAGGUUGCAAAAAUUGGAAGAAAAAAUGGAAAUGGAAGGUCUUUCGGAGUCGGAAAAAGUAGUACGUCGACAAGUGCACAUGGCUAAAGAAACAGAUUUUUUGCGAUUGAAAAGGACACGACUAACUGUUGCGGAUUUCACGUCGCUUAAAGUAAUUGGUCGAGGAGCUUUCGGAGAAGUACGAUUGGUUCAAAAAAUCGACACUGGUCAUGUUUAUGCAAUGAAGAUUUUACGAAAAACUGAAAUGCUUGAAAAAGAACAGACAGCUCAUGUUCGUGCAGAGCGUGAUAUACUAUCCGAGGCUGAUUGCGAAUGGGUUGUAAAGAUGUAUUUUUCGUUUCAAGAUCCACUUAACCUGUAUUUAGUUAUGGAAUUUUUGCCUGGUGGUGACAUGAUGACACUACUGAUCAAGAAGGAUACACUGUCGGAAGAUGCCACUAAAUUUUACAUUGCCGAAGCAGCGCUAGCGAUACAAGCAAUACAUAAUUUAAAUUUUAUCCAUCGUGAUAUUAAGCCAGAUAAUUUGCUACUGGAUUCAAAAUUAAGUUUUUCGAAAAUGAAAUCAAAUAAUCUUUACUUGAUGCUGCAGUUUCGUCCACAGACGCUUUGUGAUAUAGCCACCAUUUUUCAGGGGCACAUAAAGCUGUCAGAUUUUGGAUUGUGCACAGGCCUUAAAAAGGCCCAUCGAACCGAAUACUAUCGAAAUUGGCCAAGUCAACUGCCAAAGGAUUUUGUAACAAAACCGCUUGGAUCAAAGCGAAAAGCCGAAACAUGGAAGAGAAACAGACGGGCAAUUGCUUAUUCAACGGUGGGUACACCAGAUUAUAUUGCGCCAGAAAUUUUUCAACCGAAUGGUUAUACGAAGGCAUGUGAUUGGUGGUCUCUCGGUGUUAUUAUGUAUGAAAUGCUUAUCGGUUAUCCACCGUUCUGUUCUGAAACACCUCAAGAAACAUAUCGAAAAGUUAUUAACUGGAAACAGACGUUGUUAUUUCCACCAGAAAUGCCAAUCUCUGUAGAUGCUAAAACAACAAUCAAGAAAUUCUGUUCAGAACCGGAGCAUCGUUUAGGUCAAAGUGAUGGUGUUGAAGAGCUAAAGACAUGUCAGUUUUUCCGUGGAAUCGAUUGGAACAACAUCAGGAAGUGUCCGGCACCCAUCCGUGUUGAUGUGAAAAGCAUCGAUGAUACUUCAAAUUUUGAUGAAUUUCCAGAUGCCGAUUUAAGCAUUCCGUCAGCUAUCACAAAAGUAGUUCUGCCUUCCGUUUUCAUUAAUUAUAUUAAAAAUUCAUUUUUUUUUUCCGCUGAUUACAAACCGGAUGUUGGUGCGACUAAGCAGCAACUUGGCGAUAGAGGAGAAUUCUCAAAUUAUACUUAUCGGCGAUUUGAUGGAUUAACACAAAAUCGUCAGUUCAGAAAGAAAUGUUCCACCAAUGAAGAUGCAGGAGAUUAG